GCUCGCUCGAAUAGGGAUCAAUAUCUUCAAGUCGGAAUGAAGUUUCAUGCGCUUCCCGUGACGAAGGGAGUAUUUGCGCCUGUUUGUCACCUCCUUCUGUGUCCAGUGUGCUCGCUGAAUGACCAGACAUUGCCGGCUCUGCCACAAUGGAAGUACCAGCGCAAAUUACCUCCAAUGAAACUCCCUCGCCCGUUCAAAAGGCUCCACAGUCCCCAACACAGCUGUCCGAGUUCUUCGGCCUCGCCUGCAGCAAGCGGGCGCUGACUGGUGAGCGCCUUGGCUGACGAAGAGCACUGUCGCGCCUACAGGCCUCUCCUUCCCUCAUAUAAAAGGACGCCACUUUCGC